AAGUGCGUCUCUCUCUUCUGGUUUUCUGAGUAAACAACCAGGUAGAUUCAUCCCCAUUCCCCGACGGUAAUUACAGUGACAGCCAAAAGCUUCGAUUGCUGAUUUCCUUGUAAAUACGAAUACGAUCUAAUUCUCGUUCGAUUUUCUGCUUGACUCUCUAUUGUUCCGUCAUCAUCGCUUUUUUCUGUAACUCUUUUGUCCUGGGAAUGCUUCUUCUUAUUGGAUCUUAUACACAAAUCUCCCUGGAUCCCUAGAAGCCGUGUAUUGUUCAUGCAGGUGUGUCUUAUUUUUGAUUUUCGCAGGGUAAUUCUCAUUUGCCGGUUUAUUUGAAAAUCUUCUUCAUGUUAUUGACGACUCUCAGCUUGGGAAAUCACCGACAAAGAUAAAAAUAUCAGCCGGAGACAAUGUUGCCGAAUAGGUUUUCGAUUUUUGGAAGCGGGAGAUCAAACAAUUCCGGUAAUCUCAAGAGCAGACUCACACCGAAGCUAAAAUUAGAGACGGAUAAGGAUGUUUAUAGACCUGGCGACUCCGUAUUUAUCACUAUUGAGAUCUGCAACCCCAGCGGUGUAAACGGUUAUGAGAAUGUCGCUUCUUCACUUUUGAUUGAAAGGCUUGGAUUUGAAAUUAAAGGGAUUGAAAAGUUAGAUACUCAGUGGUUCGCCACUCCAAAACCAUUGCCUGGAUCGAAGCAAAGGAGAGGUGAACAUGUUUUUAUGGAGUGCUCAACACCACGUGUAGCUUCUAACCAGAUUUUGUCCUCGGGUGCCUCUAAAACAUAUAUGGUGCGGACUGUCUUGCCUAGCAUUAUACCACCAUCUUAUAGGGGUGCUACCAUCCGUUAUCUGUACUAUGUCAAGAGUACGUUAUCUGGACAAUGGCUGAUACUGGAAAAUGGCCACUCCAAUGGCGAGUCAAUGGAAGACCUCACUGAAGUGGAAGUUCGUGUUCCGAUACAGAUAUGGGUCUCUCAGAAAAGCAAUGGCUUGCUGAUUGAAGAGACUCAAACUGAUGGGAUUGUUCCUACCAAUACCGUCCAAUUGGAUAUAUUUUGGAAAGAAAUGGAUGGAGACUCUGAAUGGACUAGAGCAAAUGAUACAUAUGAUGGAGUCGAGGAAGGAUAUGAGAGCUCAAGAGAUGAGAUUUCAUCUGUCUCUUCUUAUAAUCCUAAUAGAGAAAGUAUGUACAAGGCCUUUGGAAGUUCACUAUCCUUGCAAUCAUCUAUGGCGAGGUCUUCGAGUAAGGAUGCCCAAUUUUUUGAAGGAGAGCGUACAAGUUUAUCUUUGAAUCUCCCCCGGGUAUCUGUGGCUGAGGUGUUGUAUGAUUAUAACGCAGAUGUCUUGUCAUCUAACAAGUCACCAGCCAUCGUUUCUCCAAGUCAGCAGCAGAAGGUUAGAAGGCCCCUAUCUGCAGAUGACAGCGCAGCAGAAUCCUCUGCCUCUGGGGCAGGAUCCAUUGAACCUGCAGCAUCAGAAGGCUUCAUUCGAGGAAGAUCUUAUAAUAUCAGGAUGGACGACCAAGUUCUGCUUAGAUUCUCACCAAAGAAUUCUGAUUCAACAUAUUACUUUAGUGAUAUGGUAGGAGGAACUCUUACAUUUUUUCAUGAAGAAGGAGCUAGGAGAUGCCUUGAGAAAGGGAGGUGGUUUCCUCUUUGGAUAGGCUUAACAUGGACUAGAAAAACUGGUGUCAUUCAGGUUUCAAUAACUCUGGAAACUUCGGAGACUAUAAAUCGGCGCUUUGUUCAUCCUUCUCGGAGAAAUUCCCCAACCAUUACAAAGAUUCAGAGCGAUCAUCAAGAAGUUGUGGCAGAUUUGGUGCAGACAAGCUUUCUUUUUUCAGUUCCCAUGGAUGGGCCAAUGUCCUUUUCCACUCCUAAUGUCUCUGUGCAAUGGGCUUUACGAUUUGAAUUUUUUUCUACUCCGAAGAAUGUGGACUUGACAAGAUACGAGCAUCCUCUUCUGAUAGAGGGCAGAGACAAAAGCGAGUGGAUUCUUCCUAUAACUGUGCACGCACCUCCACCUGGUACUCCAGCUAUUCGCAACCGAAACGAGAAGCCUUUUUCUGUGGAGGCCUUGUGGGUUAGCUGACAGAAGAAGUUUUAAUCUAGGUUUUCGAGAACUUGAUUUAAGAUGAAGCGUAUCAUUACAAGGCACAUAACAGUCAUGGUGAGGAACAAUGAAAAGCUGAGGAAGUAGUCUGUUGAUAGUAAGGCCCCCCAAUUUAGCCAAUCUCUUGCAGGAGUCGCGGUUGGGCAAUGGAGACAGCCGUAAAUCAGGAAACUGCAAAUCCCUGUAACAUAAAAUAGUCAAUUUCUUACUGGCCAUUGCCGCUUUAAACCAAUUCUGUGCAAGCUUAUGAUGUUGAGUUGGUUAUUUUUAACAGUGAGUUUUUUAAGAGGAAAACUCUUUGGGUGACGAAUUUUGAUCGAGCGGUGGAUAUUGGAAUGUUUUCUUUCGGAAGUUGCGAUAAAGCAAGUUUAUGUGAUCCUA